AUGAUAUUUUUAAAGUUAAAAUUACUGUUCACUUUUAUUUUAGUUAAUGACGUUGUGUCUUAUGCACAGCCACUAGCUGACGAAUCUAAAGUUCUGAGCAAAUUGCUUCCGCCAGUUCCAAGCUUUGCAGAAAUCGCAAAUAAGCAUGGCUUCAAGUGUGAAGAAUACAACGUCACAACAUCAGAUGGUUAUAUUCUCCACCUUUUCCGAAUACCGGGUGAGGUGAAACGGCCAGUUUUUCUGAUGCACGGAGUCCUCGACACAGCAGAUGCUUUCAUCCUCAGGGAAGAAGAUUCUUUAGCGCUAACUUUAGCUCGCAAAGGUUACGACGUUUGGGCUGGGAACAACCGCGGUAACAGGUAUUCUCGUCACCAUGUCACUCUCAAUCCUAAUAAAGAUACCAGAUUCUGGAAUUACACUUUCCACGAAAUGGGCACUCGGGACCUACCAGCAAUGAUUGAUCUCGUGCUCGACAGAACUGGACAAUCGCAACUCAGCGCAGUGGCUCAUUCUGAAGGCACCACCAUAUUUUAUGUUCUUGGUGCGACCAAACCAGAGUACAAUAGUAAAAUAAAAGUAUUGGCCUCAUUAGCACCCAUAGCUCACCUUCAACACACACGAGGAAUCCUACCAUUUUUAAUACAGACAGCUCCUCAACUCAACAUCAUAUUAGAGGAUUUAAACUACCAAGAGGUGGUAGGUUUCAAUUCAAACAUUAGGGCUCUGAUUCGUUGGAUUUGUGAAGUACCUGGAACGGGAUACAGCUUGUGUUACGAAGGACUGAUUUCUCAACUAAUAGGUUUUGAUACUUUUGAACUUGGACCGAAAAUAUUUACAACAAUUAUAGAGCAUUACCCAGCAGGAACGUCUAAGAAAAAUUUGUUACAUUAUGCCCAAGUCGGAAGAAGGAAAUCAUUUGCUCAAUAUGACUACGGAAUCGGAAAUAUAAGGCAGUACGGAUCAAGGACGCCUCCAGAAUAUGACUUGAGUAAAGUUACGUUUGACAUAGGAUUAUACUUGGGAGCCAAUGACUUUGUGUCAACUAUUAAAGACGUCGACAUUAUCAAAAAGCAACUACCGAACGUUGUGGAUUAUCAGAUAUUGGCUUAUCCUUUGUGGAAUCAUUUUGAUCAUUUGUAUGCAAAAGAUUUGCCAAAAUAUUUAUUAAGGCAUGUCUUGAAAUUACUGCGAAAUUAUUAA